GACUGCUAUAAGCGAAGGAUGGAUUGCCAGAUUUCCUAUGUUUGAUUGGGUUGGUGGUAGAACUUCUGAAAUGACUGUUGUUGGUUUGGUUCCUGCAGCUCUUCAGGAAAUUGAUAUAAGAGAGAUGCUUGUUGGUGCUGCAUUAAUGGAUGAAACGAAUAGGAACAAUGUUGUCCAUGAUAACCCUGCAUCGCUUCUUGCCCUAUGUUGGUACUGGGCGACUAAUGGAAUAUGAAAUAAGGAUAUGGUCAUUCUUCCAUACAAGGAUAGCAUGUUAUUGUUCAGUAGAUAUUUACAACAGCUGGUCAUGGAGUCACUUGCAAAAGAAUUUGAUCUGGAUGGUAAUAGGGUGAAUCAAGGGAUCACAGUAUAUGGAAACAAAGGGAGCACAGAUCAGCAUGCUUACAUCCAGCAGCUGAGAGAGGGGGUGCACAAUUUCUUUGUCACUUUUAUUGAAGUACUACGUGACCGGCCUGCCGUUCAUGAUUGGGAGCUUGAACCUGGUGUCACCUGUGGUGACUACCUUUUUGGAAUGUUACAGGAAACAAGGUCAGCCCUUUAUGCCAAUAAUAGAGAGUCUAUUACUAUAACAGUACAAGAGGUGACACCUAGAUCGGUUGGUGCCCUAAUAGCUCUCUACGAGCGAGCUGUCGGUAUUUAUGCUUCACUGGUCAACAUUAAUGCUUAUCAUCAGCCUGGUGUAGAAGAUGGGAAGAAAGCUGCGGGAGAAGUUCUAGCGCUUCAAAAGUGUGUUCUUGCAGCACUUAAUGAAGCCAGCUGCAAAGAGCCUAUUGAACCACUAACACUUGAAGAAUUAGCUGAUCGAUGUCACGCCCAUGAAGAUAUUGAAAUGAUCUAUAAGAUUAUACAACACAUGGCAACAAAUGACAAAGCUUUGAUUGCCAAAGGCAGCUGCGGUUCACCUCGUAACAUUAGAGUGUUUCUGGGCGAAUGUAACGUUGAUGACUUGUAUGCCUAGUUAUAUUUACA